CCUAAAUAGGAUAAUCACCAAAGACGUCAUUGAAGUAGCACAUUAAACAGGUAAAAGGAGAAAGGAAGAAACCCAUGUGGUUUUGUGGAGAAGAAAGACUAAUAAUUCAGAGGUCCUGGUGCCUGCGUGGCUGCCAUCUUGGUUAUGGUCACAGAUUGGGAGGAAGGAGUGAAGGGUAGGAAAUGAAGUUAUCCCAUGAAAAGGACGCCUGCUCAUGAAGACCCUCCCAGCCUAUAAUAAGCUUAUCCCUUGGAUGCAAUGGGCAGCCACUGCGGGAGUUCCGACAAAGGACAGAUGCAGCCUGGUACAUGUUUCAAAAGGAUGGCUCUGACUGCUCUGUAGAGACCCAGCUGCAGGUGGCCAAGGAUGACAGACUAGUAGGGAAGCUACCGCAGAAACUCAAGCUACAGAGACCGGUGACUGGACUCAUUCUCUUCAGUAGCGCAUGCUGCCUCUCGCUUUCGCCAUGUAAAAGUACUGCGUAUGCAGUCCACUGCCUCCUACCGCAUCCAGUGGGGUUCUCGAGAUGUCAGGAACCAGCCCCGGAGAAGAUAGUUUGCUUUUUCCUGAGGGAAAUUCCUGGCCCUGGCCCCAGAUGGCACUUUUUCCUACCCGGAUACCUUGGGAAUGAAGUCUGAGGGAGCUAGGAGUGAGAGAGAGAACCAGGCUGCUGAUGACUCCACGGGAGGGGCCCUGGACAUGUGCUGUGGUGAGAGGCUGUCGGGUCUCCCCCAGCAGGUAGAGAUGGAACCACUGGACGAGGCUGAAGGGCUCCCCAGCAAGCAGAGGGAGAUGCCACCACCCCCGCCACCCUCACCGCCCUCUGAGCCAGCUCAGAAGCUGCCACCUCAAGACUCCGGGAGCCACUCCCUCACUGUCAGAAGCAGCCUGUGCCUGUUCGCUGCCUCUCAGUUCCUGCUCGCCUGUGGGGUGCUCUGGCUCAGUGGCCAUGGCCACUCCUGGCUGCAGAAUACCACAGACCUCAUCUCCUCCUCGCUCACCCUGUUGAACCAUUUGGGACCUGUGGCCUGGCUAGGUUCUGGGACCUGGGGGAUCUCAAGUCUGCUGCUAGCCUCUCUAACUGUGGGCCUGGUCAUCAUCACCACCCUGGUGUGGCACCUCCUCAAGGUACCCCCAGAGCCACCUGCCCCGCUCCCCCCAGAGGACAGGCGCCAAUCCGUGAGCCGCCAGCCCUCCUUCACCUACUCGGAGUGGAUGGAGGAGAAGGUAGAAGAUGACUUCCUGGACCUGGACGCGGUGCCCGAGACCCCUGUGUUUGACUGUGUGAUGGACAUCAAGCCCGAGACUGAUCCCACCUCGUUGACUGUCAAGUCCAUGGGUCUGCAGGAGAGGAGGGGCUCCAAUGUCUCCCUGACCCUGGACAUGUGUACCCCUGGCUGCAAUGAGGAGGGAUUUGGCUACCUGGUGUCCCCCCGGGAGGAGUCAGCCCAUGAGUACCUGCUCAGUGCCUCCCGCAUCCUCCAGGCAGAGGAGCUACACGAAAAGGCUCUGGACCCAUUCUUGCUGCAGGCAGAAUUCUUUGAAAUCCCCAUGAACUUCGUGGAUCCAAAGGAGUAUGACAUCCCAGGACUGGUGCGGAAGAAUCGGUACAGAACCAUCCUCCCCAAUCCUCACAGCAGGGUGUGUCUGACUUCACCAGACCCUAACGAUCCUAACGAUCCUCUGAGUUCCUACAUCAAUGCCAACUACAUCCGGGGCUACAGUGGGAAGGAGAAAGUGUACAUCGCCACACAGGGACCCAUCGUCAGCACAGUGGCCGACUUCUGGCGCAUGGUGUGGCAGGAGCACACACCCAUCAUUGUCAUGAUCACCAACAUCGAGGAGAUGAACGAGAAGUGCACGGAGUACUGGCCGGAAGAGCAGGUCAUCCACGACGGCGUGGAGAUCACUGUGCAGAAAGUCAUCCACACUGAGGACUAUCGGCUGCGACUCAUCUCCCUCAGGAGAGGGACUGAAGAGCGAGGCUUGAAGCAUUACUGGUUCACAUCCUGGCCUGACCAGAAGACUCCAGACCGAGCACCUCCCCUCCUGCACCUGGUACGGGAGGUGGAGGAGGCAGCCCAACAAGAGGGACCCCAUUGUUCCCCAAUCAUCGUUCACUGCAGUGCAGGGAUUGGGAGGACUGGCUGCUUCAUCGCCACCAGCAUCUGCUGCCAGCAGCUGCGACGUGAGGGCGUCGUGGACAUCCUAAAGACCACAUGCCAACUCCGUCAGGACAGGGGUGGCAUGAUCCAGACAUGUGAACAGUACCAGUUUGUGCACCACGUCAUGAGCCUCUAUGAGAAGCAACUGUCCCACCAGUCCUCAGAGUGACCACGCUCUUCCUCUGAGCUCCUCUGGGCACUGCCCAGCCUGAGUCUGGGCCUUCACCCUAACCCAAGACCUGGCCUUGCCUGGGUCCUGGGUCUGCUCCCGUCCCUUCCCCCCAACUCUUCCUUUUCUUCAGUCUGCUCCCCUCUCUGUUGUCCUGGCCUGGUCCCUACCCCCAGCCUAGCUCUUCUACUGUAUAUACUGCAGAAUUGGGGAGGGCAGGGGAGGAAUGUGCCAGGCCAGGCCUGGGGCCCCUAGGCCUGACCCACACCAUACAGACCUGGGGCCUCAGUUUUAACCAUGGUUCCACCGCUACUUGGUCCAAAAUGUUUCAAUGCCACAUUCCAAAUGUUCUACCACUAUGUGUUCUGUCUAUCCAUCCAUCUCUGCUAUCUGUACCAGACACUGUGUCCCCUCAGCCAGGAAUGGAACCCUGAACUGAGCUCCGGCCCCUCAGUCCCCCAGCCCCCGAGGCAGAGAGGUAACCGCCUCUGGCCCCGCCAGCUCCUCAGAAAAGGCAGAUUAUAUUUUGCCAUCAGAAUGCAAACGGCAGGAAUAGGAUUCGGAAACCAGGCAGGGGAGCACGUGAUGGUUGACAGAGAGAUCCCAGCUAAGGAAGGUUCCUGGGCAAGGGUGGGCAUUACUCUAGAUGCCUUCUGAGUGUUUGGUACUCUCAGGAGGCAAUGACCAGCCUGGGAGGCACUGGAGAGGAAGAGGAGAGAUGCAGGUGGGGAACCCCAAAGAGCCGGGCCCUGAGGGGGGCCUCCAAGAGUAGGAUGGGGACUCAACUCCAAACCUGUAAGACAUCUUUCUGUGUCACUAUGGGAAAGCCCAAAAGUCUCUCUGAGUGUCGCUCUGCGUGUGUUCCCUGUGUCCAUGUGUGUGUUGAAAGCCCAUGAGCAGGGCAUGCAUGAUUCUUUGGCAACAUGUGUUAUCUUGGAGCCACGUGUUUUUAUUGCUGACUUUAAAUAUUUAUUCCACGGCAAACAGAGACAUUUGGUGUCUUUUUAUAAUUCGCUCGUGGUCAUUGGAUAGAGCAAUAAACAGAGCAUUUUGA